UCCGCGGUGGAGCGGGCAAUUUGAACGCCACACAUCCGGGGCACGCAGCCGGGGCGCUGCUGGCCCUCCCCUGGACCCCAGCCUCUGCCUCCGGACCCGGAAGGCCGAGAAGGAGCCGCGGUCCGCAACCCUGAGCGCCAACCAUGGGCCCGCGCCGUCGGAUCCGCAAGCCCGAAGUCCCAAGGAGGCGCGCCGCGAGCCCGGCUCCUGCCCCACCCCGGCCGGGCCCAUCCUUAGGCGCUCCCUCCCGUCCACUUGCUCGCCGGAAAUAUCGGGUUCUGAAGGAGAUCCGAACUCUUCAGAAGAGCACACACCUGUUGUUAAGGAAGAACCCCUUCGGCCGCCUGGCAAGAGAAAUAUGUGUUAUAUUCACUCGUGGUGUGGACUUCAAUUGGCAAGCCCAGGCCCUGUUGGCCCUACAAGAGGCAGCAGAAGCGUUUCUAGUUCAUCUCUUUGAGGAUGCCUAUCUCCUCUCCUUACAUGCCGGCCGUGUCACUCUCUUCCCGAAGGAUGUGCAGCUGGCCAGGAGGAUCCGAGGCAUUCAGGAAGGGCUCGGCUGAGCUCCUGCCGCCCGUGACUCUGGAUGAUACCGGGGACUCUGCCCGUAACUAGGGCCAGAUCACGGAGUACAAGGUGCUGCCUGGACUUGCUGUCUCUGAGCAGAGUGUGUGUGUUGCUUUUGUAAUUAGGUUUUUUUAAGAAGGAGAAGACUGCAUGGCUUUCCUCUGUAACAGAGGUAAUACAUGACAGAAUGAACACAUUCCAAAAGUCCUGACAAUAAUUUCAGAUGAAGAGACUCCAAGUUUGACUUCACUUUGCAAAUUUUUCACACACCUGAUGAUUUGGAAGACAUCAGAUUUUCUAGGUUAUGAGAGAAAAGGAUAUCUACUGAUUAUUUUAGAUCUUUCUGUACCAUUUAAAUUUUUUACCAUAUGUAUAUUUACUUUUAUUUAAAACAUAAGGGGAAAAAUAAGAGAAGACCACUUCAGCCAGUUGCCUGGAAGAGCCUGGCGCGUCCAGCAUACAAAUCUCUGUCCCUCAGAUGGAUUUCAUCAUUAGCGGCAGCAGCAAGUUCCUGUGUGGAUUGUGCCUGUCGACGGAUUAUAUAGCUUUUCAAAAACUCAAUUGGGAUGAAAACAGGAAAUCGUUAAGGUUUGAUGUUCUGGCUCCUUCUGGUAAAUUCCUAUCAAAAUCAUUCAGAAAUUCUAGCUUGUAGAAUUUAUUUUAUUCUUAUUUGCAAGUCAUAGACGAUGUAUCAUAAUUUAUACUGCAGAAUUUUUCAUUCCAGGACUUUUAAGAGCCUUUUCAAUGUUUUUACAGGUAUUUUUUAUAACUCCCUUGUGGAGAGAUAAUAAAAAUAAUUCUUUAAUGAGAAAAAGUUGAAGCGAAGUCACUAUUAUACAGAGUUUAUACCGUGUCCUUUGUGUGUUAGCGUUAAGUUCUUCAUUUGGACACUUUGCCAACAGCCACAAUUUAAACAAGAGAAUUCAGGGAUGUGUUUUUGUCUCUGGUGGAGUAGAGCGUGAGCAGAUAAAAACCUUGCCCAUCUCUUGUAACUGAAAGCAGUUUAAGAGAUUUCCAGAUAAAUGGGAAGUGCCACCCGAAGACUUUUAGAUAUUGUGUGUGGUGAAAAUGAUUAGUGAGGGCGGACACUAAUAAUGAUGUGUCAGCCAACUGAGAGACAAACUAAAGGGAAAAGGACCAAAUUCUGUUGUGUGAUAGAUUUUAACCCUUUGGAAAAACCGUUUCCUGUUCGACAUCAACUCAUUUUUAUGUAGACAUUGGAAUAAAGCUUACCUAUCUGUGACUAUA